AUGAUGCAGCUCUUGUUUAGUGUUCGCUUCAACGUUUGGCGUCGCAUCAAGCCAGCUUGCAAAGGUUGCUUGGUAUGGGAUAUGUUUAGGCUUUCCGGGCAGAAUCUUAGAAACCAUUGCAACGGGCGGCAUGUUUCCUUGAGCAAGGCACAGAGCGCUUGGAGCCAACCGGGGCUAUGCCCAAAACUUCAUGGCAAGUUGCAGCUUGGGGCUGCUGCUGUGGUUGGCAGACUCCGUGCUGUGCUGCGCAUGCGCUCAAGCCUUUCGAGUUGGGAGCUCGCCUACUGGCAGCCCCACAGCAUUACAGUCCUUGCGAUUUCAAGGGCGCGUGUUGCGGUUCAACUCAAUGACGCAGCCAUGGUUUAG